AGUGUUUCCUUUGUCAUUUAAGUCCCACAUCGUCCAAACAUGUCACAACUUCCAUGUUUAAAAACGCACGCCUACUCGCUGCUGUUGUCCCUUCGGGGACAUCCGAUAAAAUUGGAACGAUACAGAGAAGAUUAGCAUGGCCCCUGCGCAAGGAUGACACGCACAAAUCGAGAAAUGGUCCAAAUUUUUUUUUUUUUCUUAUGUCGAAAAGUUUUUUUUUUUUUUCAAUAUAGUUGCGAACACACCAGGCAACAUUAACACCCAAAACGCAGAAAAACUUGCAAGAAAAUUGGAAUCGUUGAACCACGGAAUUAUUACCCAGGGGACAAGAGCUUGAAAUGAGUGUCACAGAAACAUCCAAGAAAACUGGUGUUCCCCAAAUUGUUAAGUUGGACAAGGCAUUGAAAUUGGCCGAGUUAUGGGUAAAUAAUAUGAGCAAAGAUGCUGAUGAUCAUAGAACAAAUGCGGAUUUAGAGAGUAGACCUUCCGGGCUUGGUCUAGGUGCAAAAGUUUCACGCCAAACAAAAUUUGUUCCUUCCGAUGACCCUGUUGAAAAGAAGUUGUAUGCCAAAUUAACUGCUGAAAAAAGAAAAGCAGCCAAUAUUGCUAAGGAGUCUGCCACUACUGCGAGAGAUGAUUUAGAUGACGAUGAAAACAGCGAGGACUUAGAUAGCAGAACUAAUGCGUUUGCUAAGAGGAAGGCAACGGCACCUUUGACCUCAUCUAUGUUGCGAAAUAAGAAGCAGAAGUGACAUUCACUGAUGAGUUCUUUUUUGCUGCAAAGCUGUAAAGUGUCACAUUUUGCAUUUGCCUUGUUGGAAUUUUGGCUUCAUACAUAUUUUUCUUUAUUAACCUUUUCACAGUUGAGCAUAUAUACUUUUACGUGUAAUCUGAUACUACUACUUUCAGUGAAGAAUUGAUGUCUUUUGUUGGGGGAGACACAUUAGUGUAUCCUCAAUUUAUUGUCCAUAAUGUUCUUGCUUGGUGCACAAAA